AUUCGUGUAUAGAUCAUGGCAGUAAGCGCGGUGCAUUUAGAGUCAGACGCGUUUCUAGUUUGUAUGAAUCAUGCCUUGAGUACAGAGAAAGAAGAAGUCAUGGGGCUGUGCAUCGGCGAGGUUGACACAAAUCGCAUCGUCCACAUUCACUCGGUUAUUAUUCUGCGGCGGUCAGACAAGAGGAAGGAUCGUGUGGAGAUUUCUCCUGAGCAACUUUCUGCAGCCUCCACUGAAGCCGAGAGGUUGGCUGAGAUGACGGGGCGUCCUGUAAGGGUGGUGGGAUGGUACCACUCUCACCCUCACAUCACUGUGUGGCCGUCACACGUCGAUGUGAGGACGCAGGCCAUGUACCAGAUGAUGGAUCAGGGUUUUGUGGGUCUUAUCUUUUCUUGCUUUAUAGAAGAUAAGAACACGAAGACGGGUCGAGUUCUGUACACAUGUUUUCAGUCAGUGCAAGCCCAGAAAGGCUCUGAGUACGAGAGAAUCGAGAUUCCGAUCCAUGUGGUUCCUCACGAGGCCAUUGGAAAAGUAUGUCUGGAAUCAGCAGUGGAACUUCCCAGAAUUCUCUGUCAGGAGGAGCAGGACACGUACAGGAGGAUUCACAGCUUAACUCAUUUGGAUCCAAUCACAAAGAUACACAAUGGAUCAGUAUUCACGAAAAACCUGUGCAGUCAGAUGUCCGCAGUCAGCGGGCCGCUGUUGCAGUGGCUGGAGGAUCGACUGGAGCAGAACAAAAAGAGCAUCGUGGAGCUGCAGAAAGAGAAAGAGAGACUGACCCAGGAACUGGCCUCAUUAUGAACACCAUCACCACGGUGGUGCAGCUCUAGGCCUCCAUGUUCUAAACUUUUAUUUUGUAAAGCGGCUGGUGCGCUGAACAUAACCUCACAUAAGCUGAGCUCAGUAACUGGUGGCUAUGAAAAGAGGAUGAAGAGAUGGAUAGAGAGAGAGAGAGAGAUACAGUGUCUGUAAGAGCCACUUUAUAAUGUUUAUUACACUGUUGACAUUGUCGAUCACAUCGAUGACAUCGUUAGACCCAUGGCACAAUUUCUGCUGGUAUUUUCUUUUCUUUUCAAAACUUGCCUUAUGUGACAGAAAUGUAAAAGAUUCUUUUACUAAAUAUUUCUGCGUAGGUUUUGUUCUACAUUACGUCCUUUAUUUUUUCCAUUGAUGUCCUCAUGAACAAAAUGAAAUGGCAAUACUGUUUCGAUGUUUCCCCCCAAACACACACACACACACACACACACACACUGCACAAAAAAUGUUAUAUUAUUAUAUUAUAAUAAAAUAAACUGGGAAAGUUAAAAAGUCCACUCUCAAAGAACUUAAAUGUUUUGAAGCGCACCUCUUAUAACCUUUUUAUUCUGGUACUUUCCACUCAUCCAGAAGUAACAACACUACAUGGUAAUACAUACAAACCCAACACAGUCAAGAAGCUAUGUAGCAUAAUGAUGUGUCAUAAAAAGCCAUAGUUUAUUAAAUUAAAACAUUUCAUUCAAUUUUAUAUGAAUCCCAC